AUGACAGGCUACUGCUACGUGUUGUGGUGGGAGGUGACCGGCGUCAACUCCAGCCGCCUGGAGCGUUCGCUCUCCAACUCCACCCUGCAGCACCAGCUGACCGGCCUCACCUCCGUCACCUCCUACACCGUCCUCCUGGCGGCACGCACCGUCGCCGGGCCGGGCCAGACCACCGCCUCCACCGUCUCCACCGGGGUCCCGCCAGAACUUCCCGGAGCGCCGUCUAACCUUGUCAUCUCCAACAUCAGCCCGCGUUCGGUCACCAUCAGCUUCCGGCCCGGCUCCGAUGGGAAAACCGCCAAAUCGCAGUGGGUCGUAGAAGGACAGGUGGUGAAGAUGGAUGGUGAGGAGGAGGCCUGGGAGGUGGUGUACCAGAUACAACACGUCCCUGGCACCCAGCUGCUGGAGAUCCCCGACCUCACACCGUUCACCCAGUACAGGUUUCGCAUGAGGCAGGCUAACAUCGUGGGCUCCAGCCCCCUCGGCGGACCCUCCAGACUGAUCCAGACCCUGCAGGCUGCCCCGGACACGCCCCCUUCCAAUCUCACCCUGCUGGCGGCCACGCAGACCAGCCUACGCGUCCGCUGGAAGCCCCUCCUGGACCACCAGUACAACGGCAGCCCGGACGCGGUGGGCUACCGGCUGCGCGUGCGGCGGGUGGACGGCGCGGGGAAGGAGCAGCUGGAGGAGACGCGGGCGGCGGGGGGGGAGCGGGGCAAGGCGGCGGGCAGCAGCAGCAGCAGCCGCGAGGCCUCGCUGGAGGGGCUGGACCCCUGGACCCAGUACCUGGUCCAGAUCCAGGCCUUCAACUCCAUCGGAGCCGGGCCCUGGAGCAGCGGCGUCGCCGCGCACACGGCGGAGUCGGUUCCGUCGGGAGCGCCGGUGAAUGUGAGUGCAGAGGCGGUGAGCUCCACAAAGAUUCUUCUCAAAUGGGCUGCUGUCCUUGGGUCACAGAAGAACGGCGUGAUACUGGGUUAUAAGGUGUUGUGUGCAGAGAAAGACUCAAUAGCGCCCCCCAGUGUCUCGGUGGUGGUAGGGGAGAGGAGCGGGACCCUGCUGUUCGGUGUGCUGGAGAAGUACACGCUGUACGCUCUACAGGUGCUGGCCUACACGCGGCUGGGCGACGGACCGCCCAGCAGUCCCGUACUCACCCGCACCAAGGAAGACGUGCCCGGACCCCCAGCCAGGAUAGUGUUUCCAGAGGUUCGACUGACAUCGGUCAGGGUGGUCUGGCAGCCUCCCUCAAACCCCAACGGCAUCAUACUAGGCUACCAGAUCUCCUACAGGCUGGAGAGUGCGGACCCCCAGCGCUGGACCACGGUGGAGGUGGGCUCCAACGCCCGGCAGUUCACCGUCACGGGUCUGUCCCCCCAGCAGAACUACCUGUUCAGGCUGACGGGCCGCACGGCUCUGGGCUGGGGAGAGACCCAGGAGGCGCUGGUCAUCACCACCGAACGCAGAGGUACCAGACACGCCUCCUCACCGUUCGCACUACGUAUUUAUAUACUUCUUAGUAUAUUUCUAAGAGUGUGGACCUUUUUUACUCUGUGGACUGUUGUACUAUGCGUUUAAUAGUAUUAAACUCAAUUUUUCUUUUAAAAAUCAUUGACUGAGUGAACCGCACAAGAAUUCCAAUGACCCCGUGCACCUGUACUUGGACAAGUGGCAAAAUAAACACUUGAACUUCACCUGUUGAGCCUUUAGGUUUUCAGAGACAUGUCCCUCCUCACGGCUACGAGUCAGAACCCCCUAUCACCACAUAUCCAUGACUAUGCGUUGGCCGACACCUUAUAAUGGGGGGGGGGGGGGGGUAACCAUUUUGAGAUGGAUGGAGCCGUUUUGAUUUAAACUGAAUAUUCCCUGCGUUGUCUUUUUCCUUGGAUGCAUUCCCCUGCUGCCAUCCUACUUGUGUGUACACCUGCUGCAUGUGGCAGAAGGAGCAAGCCUGGCUGCUUUUGCUGUGAAUGGAAAUUGUGUAUACGUGCAUGACGUACACCUGGCUUUUCUCCUCCCUCCUUCAGCUAUUGUUGUUGAGAAGCGAUCUGUGAGAUUUAAUAAAUGUUUAGCCGGUAAUCGCUGUAGGUAAAACGCAGUCUAAACACAUUACGUAUACAAACAACGUAAGGCCCUGCUAGUGGUAUUUUAUUAUUUCCGUUUAGCUCCAUUAGCAUAUUUCAUAGCUCCAGGCUGGCUGAUAUUUCACUUUUCUGUGUUUCAGUUCAUCGAGCAUACUACCGUUUAAAUCAGAAAUGACCCAAAAAUCUUUCAUAUAUUAUAGAGAAAUGCAAAAACAUACAUUUAAACUGGCUCAGCAGAACCAAACCGAUUUCAAUAUUUGAUUUCCUUAACUUUAAAU